AGUUCUUCCACAUAUAAGCUACUUAGACUCCAUUGCAGCUCCUUGCUACCAUCUCCAAGACUGUAGCAGCCUGAUCACUUGCUUAUUAAACCAAAACAUGUUUCUUGCAAAGGCUUUAUUGGAAGGAGCAAAUGGAGGCCUUGGAGAAGCUCUUGGAGGCCUUCUUGGAGGAGGCGGUCAGAAAAGAGGAGGAGGAGGAAAUAUUGGAGCGAUAGUUGGGGGAAUUAUGAAUUUUAUCAGUGAGGCUGCAGCAGCCCAGUAUACCCCCGAGCCGCCGCCACCCACUCAGCAGCAUUUCACCACCGUGGAGGCCCACGAAAGUGAGGAGGUGCGGCAGUUUCGGCAACAGUUUGCACGACUGGCUGGACCCGACAUGGAGGUGGGUGCCACUGACCUGAUGAACAUUCUCAACAAAGUCCUCGCUAAGCACAAGGAUCUGAAGUCGGACGGCUUCAGUCUUGACACCUGCCGGAGCAUUGUAUCCGUUAUGGACAGUGACACGAAUGGGAAGCUGGGCUUUGAAGAAUUUAAGUACUUCUGGAACAACAUCAAGAAGUGGCAGUGUGUUUUCAGGCAACAUGACACGGACCGUUCCGGGUCUCUGAGGAGUUCCCAGCUGCAGGGGGCUCUGCAGGCGGCAGGUUUCCAGCUAAACGAGCAGCUCUACCGAAUGAUCGUCCGCCGCUACGCCGAUGAGAAUGGAAGCAUGGAUUUUAACAACUUCAUCAGCUGCCUGGUCCGCCUGGAUGCCAUGUUCCGUGCCUUCAAAUCUCUGGAUAGAAAUGCAAGUGGCCUGAUUGAGGUGUCUAUCCAGGAGUGGCUGCAGCUGACCAUGUACUCCUGAAGUGGGCACUGAGACGGCAGGACCCUCCCCGGAUGGCAGGACUGCUAAGGACCUUGCCAUGCUGUCUGCGUGAUCGCUGGUACCGCGUCCAACAGCUGCCGUUUCCUGACGCGCUCUUUCACAGCGCUGCGUGUUUUUGAACUUGUGCUGCCCUUUACUGCUUAAUUAAAACAGAUUUUCAUGAA